CAUGUAUUAACUUUCCCACCAUGGGUUUUAUAGAUACAAGAAGUAUGUAUAGUUAGUUUACUUUACCGACAGGUACCGAUCGAACUCAAAAGACGCGGGUUCUCAUUUUUUUUUCUAAAUUACCACUGUUUAGAAAAAUGUACGUGCGUACUUCCGUUUGGUUUUUGUUCACCCUGUUGGUGGUGUUUAGUUCCGCUGAAAAAAUCGCAGGAUUGAAAGAUAUAUCAGGUUAUAGCCUGGACAUUCACGAAAUUCAACGGCAAAACCAAAUAACCAAGCAGAUUUUACAAAACUUUUUGGAAAAGAGAUUGUUCGGCCAAAAUAAAUCGUCAAAACCGCCGAGCGUUUGGGACAUUCUUCCGAGAAAUAGAAGGAAAAUGGUAAAUAACAUUCAAGAUGCUUUGAACGGCACAAAUAGCACCGAAAAAGAGACUUUGGAAAGUGUGGAAUCGGAAAGGAUAUCAGCGUAUGAGGAUUAUGAAGAUAGCGAUGAUUGUCCAAAUUGUAUUGAUGAUGGAGCACCUGUACCAAACAGAUGGACGAUGCCUCUGUUGAAAUUGGGAGAAAAACGAUACUAUUUAGGAAUAUUUUUUAAGGCAAACUACUUUCGAGCCACUCAAUAUUGUCGAUUCCACGGCAUGCAUUUAGCGAGCAUAACGUCUCAAGAAGAAAACGACAAAUUGGAGAAAUAUAUAAAAGAUUCAGGUUUCGGCCACGAACACUUUUGGACCUCCGGCACUGAUCUAGCAGAAGAAGGCAAGUUCUUCUGGAUGUCUACAGGACGUCCCAUCACGUUUACCAAUUGGAACGCAGGGGAACCGAAUAAUUUCGAAUACGAAAACGGAGAACAAGAAAACUGCAUGGAAUUGUGGAACAGAGAUGGGAAAGGACUUAAAUGGAACGAUUCGCCUUGUUCCUUUGAGACGUACUUUGUGUGCGAAGUGCAGCCUUGAAAAGAGGCCGUGAUAAAGACUGUUAUAGGUCGGUCAGUUUGGAAAUAAGAUCAGAAAUAAAAUCAUACUAAAAAUUUGAUUCGAUUUAAUUUAAAAACUUAUUUUUUUCUGAUCUAAAUUUCUUAAUUGCUCGUCUUGUAAAUGUAUAUAUGACAUUUAUUUAAUUUAGGACCAAAGAACAAAUGUUCAGAAGUGAUAUUCGCUGCUAAUUUUUAUAUUAGGAUUUAGUAUAAAUAUUCUUCUGUAGUAUAGUUAAAAACGAUUUUUGGUAACACUGCAGUUUAAUAAAAGUAUUAUAAACUGUU